CGGAAUUUACCGUUCAUUGACAUUCGUGACGUUUCUAGAAACUGCGAGCUUGAAAGAGAGACCGCAAAGUGAACCCAGACUGCACGCCGAGGAGUUACUGAACGGUCGUGAAAACCAGAAAAUAUAAAUAUGGCACAGUCAGAGAGAACUGUAGUUGUGGCUAUGGACGGGAGUGAAAACUCGGACUUCGGAUUUGAUUGGUAUAUGAAGAAUGCUUACCACAAGGGGGAUCAUGUGAUUUUUGUUCACUGUCCUGAGUACCACACAGUUGUGCAGUCACCCAUGGUGAUGGCAGAUGUGACUGUGUUGACUGAUAUGUGGAAAGAGGAAGAAAAAAGAAUCAAGGAACUGCUGGAGAAACUGGGACAACAAAUGAAGGAUCAUGGGAUUGGAGGAAAGGUAAAAAGUAUCGGGGGCAAUCCAGGGGAGGUGAUUUGCCAGGUUGCCAAGGAUGAGAAGGCUGAGUUGAUUGUUACCGGGACCAGGGGAAUGGGGAAGAUCCGUCGCACAUUCCUGGGCAGUGUCAGCGACUACAUCCUACACCACGCCCAUGUUCCAGUGCUGGUUUGUAGACACAAGGAUGACCAUGCUCACCAUCAGUAGGGGGAUGUCCCAAUCAUUGUGAUGCUACUCUCUGUCCCUCAGGAUCUUCUGCAAACUCAUUGAUUGAUUUCUUCUCCUAAAAAUUUUUAUUCACUCUACAAUUAGUAUUCAUAUGCAAAAAAAUGUUGUAAUGUGUGUUGUGUCCAAAUUUUGUCCACUUUUUCCUAAUUGAUGGGGAAGUGUAUAAAGUGUUUGGCUAGAAUGGGAUUGUAAAGUCAUGAAAUUACUUUUAAGCUGGAUCCUGUAGUGCAAUGAACAAUUAUUUGAGGGUGGAGGUGUAAUUGUCAUAGAAAUUAUUGCCAUAUUCUUCAACAGUGCUACCCAAGUGUAUAUCUGUACGUAGUAUAUAUGAUUGUUACAUGUAGUUAUGUCUUAUCAAAUUCUGUACAUCAAGGUUAUAAUUGAUGAUAUGUUAGAAAAUUGGGCUUGUAUUUGGAAGUGAAGGAUCAUAUGCAAUUUUCUUUAAACACCAGCAGUAUUGUAUAUGUCAAGUAGUGAUUCUUUGUCAUCGAUACAUGUGCAAAAGCAGAAGACCAAUGAAAGUGUAAUAACCAA